UCUGCUGCAAACUUUCCUUAUCUUCCGGUAGUCGGGACUCCUCCAGCACACAGGCAACACUUUUUAGGAGACGGGAGGCAAAUAGUAGAAGAAGAAGAAGGCAGGGAUAUGGUCACAGCCGACAAGUGAAGACUGUCGCUGUCGCCCGUAGCUACGGGAGCAGUGUAGCGGCGGUGGAGUGGACGUUUAACGGCAGAGGGUGGGAACCCAGCAGAGGAGCCAAGUUCAUGUUGUUUUUGCCCGUCCUACUCAAAACAACCUUUCACCCUGGCAAAGGCUUUCUGUGGGACUGCAAAAUCCUCCAGCAUCCUGGUUCCUUUAGCCAUUUAUCGUGUUUUGAGAGGCCAAAAGUUUGCUGUAAAAGUUGGAGACGAAUUCCUGCCCUCGCAUGAAAUGGAAAACAUGACCAGGGAGCUCUGCUGUCAUAAAAAACAGGCUCUCUAGUAUCAAAGUCAAGAGUGCUGCUCCCCCCUCAAGGCUGUUAAAAUACAGGAGAUUUCCUCAAUGUGACUGAGCUGAGCCGGUUAACCUGCACUGAGGGUUCGUUGUUUAAAGGCACGAUGCCCCAGGCUGCGGAUAUGAUCGACCUGGGCUUCCUGUCUGAUUCUGAGCGGGAGCUGAUCCUGGAGGUGCUGCAGCGGGACGAGGAGCUGAGACUGGCUGAGGAGCAGCGUGUGCGGUCUUUAAAGACAGAGCUGCUGGGGGUGAAGAGGAAAGGGGCCAAACGUGGCAGUGGAAAAUACAGUCAGCGCAGUUGCGGCAGAUGCCUGGAGCCCCUGAGUCGACUGACCACUUUCUCAAGCCAGUGUAAGAUGUGCAAUCACUAUGUGUGCCGCAACUGCAGAACAGACCUCCCCGAGGGAUACUGGCUGUGCACCGUGUGUGUCAAAGAGUCGGAUAUAAAGAAAAGGACAGGUGACUGGUUCUACGAUCAAAGGAUCAACCGUUUCUUCGCAAAGCCUGGACACGACCUAGUGAGAGUCUCCCUGAAAAAGAGACCUCAGACGAAGAAGCGUGAGACAACAGGAGAAAUACUGUUGAGAAGUACGGAAAUAAACCCAGAUCCUCCCACUCCUGUGCCGCGGCUCAGACAGAAAAAUCAGAUAACAGAUAACAAAGGUCAUUCAAAUGAGAACUCAGGAUCAAUCGCUUCAAGGGAGUCAUUUGAAUCCAAGGAGGAAGUUUGGUCAAAGCCAACACGCAGUGACACAGAGUCUGCAGAGAACAACAGUAUAAGUAGCAGUAAAACAGACACUGAGUCUGGCCGUGUGACCCCUGAGAAACCAAGGUCAGGGAGGCGCUCCCUUCAGUGCAGCCCAACAGGAUCCACUGCUUCCAGUCUGACCGCUCCAGUCAGAGCAGAUAUUGGAAUUGAUGACGGCGCCAACUUGGAGGCUAACACUGGCCUGGAAGUGAAACCGGUCAGUCCGAGCCUGGAGGUGGAUGUUGACAAACUCUUCAAGAAGAGCGUCAAGCGAGCCCCAAAGCCUCCUGCAGAGUACGUCUCGACAGUGGACCUGCGUGACACAUCCGAGGCCUCAAUGGGCAACAGGAGCCGCUCUGUACCAGGCCUAGACAUACAGGAGGACGGAGAGGAGGACGAAGAUAUUGACAGAUUGGUUAGCUUUCAUAAAAGGACAAUGGCAUCGAGCACCUACAGCCUGCAUAGCUCAAAGAGCACGCUGGGCAGCCUGAUGAGUAUUUACAGUGAAACAGGAGACUAUGACAGCGUGGAAGUGAGCGGAGACCUCGUCUUCUCUAUGAGCUACGACGAACACACCCAGAGCCUCCACGUCUUCAUCAAGGAGUGCCAUGGGCUGGCCUUCGGCGAUGCCUCGCGGCAGCUUUCCAACCCUUAUGUCAAAUGUUAUCUGCUCCCUGAGAGAUCUCGCCACAGCAAAAGGAAAACCAGCAUCAAGAGAAACACAGUCAACCCUGUCUACAAAGAAACGCUGAAGUACUCCAUCAACCGCUCUCAGCUGUUCACCCGCUCCGUGUUGAUAGCAGUGUGGCAUCAUGGUCGCUUCAGCCGCAACACCUUCCUGGGAGAGGUGGAGGUCCCUCUGGACACCCGAGACCUGGACUCCCCGUAUGAGGAGCGUGUGGCUCUCAUGGCGAAGUCACCCUCUACUGUGCCGACUUCAGCUUUUGCCCAGUACAAAGGAGAGUUGGUGAUCUCCUUAAAGUACGUCACACCUAAAAAGCCAACAACUGAGAAAAGCAAAAAGGUGGCGACUGACGCAGGGGGGGAACUGCACGUCCUGAUUAAAGAGGCAAAGAAUCUGAUGGCACUAAAACCAGGAGGCAGCUCAGAUAGCUUUGUGAAAGGGUACUUGUUCCCAGCUAAGGCAAAGUCCACAAAGAGGAAGACUCCGGUUUUGAAGAAGAACCUGAACCCCCACUAUGACCACACAUUUGUGUACAAGGAGCUGGCUCUGGAGCAGCUGGAGGGGAUGUGUCUGGAGCUGACUGUGUGGGACAGAGAGGCCAUGUCGAGCAACGAAUUCCUGGGAGGAGUCCGUCUCAGCUCCGGAAAAGGGACUGUAAAAAUAGGAAAAGAGGAAGUGGCAAUGGACUCGGUUGGAGAGGAAAUCAGCCUGUGGGAGAAGAUGAUGCAGUACCCCGACUCGUGGGCAGAGGGCACUCUUCCACUGCGCUCCACCAUGGUGAGGGGCAAAUGAGGACGGCACACAGGCCUGGACCCGCAAAAACAAUCCAGAGACUGAAUUUGGAAGAAGCUGCUGGUUUGAGACAAAUAUGAGAUGUCUACUGAGGUGAACCGACACACAUCUGAUUGGCUGUGAGCAGACAAACAGUUCAUCGGCCUGCUGAACAUCUGCUCAUAUCUGCCUCUCUGUGUGGGGUUCAUCUUUAGCACAGUUCCCCUCCGACUGCAGACU